GGAUAAUUGCAUGCGGUAGUUUUUCGAUGUUACUGACGCUGUUAAUUUUAUCAUUAAUGGUGCAUCACUGAUGGAUCAUGUCAUUUAUUGUGUAUUAUUAUAAAUAAAGUAAUAGUGCUUGAAUGAUAGAGGGUGAUGUAAAGUACAUAACCUUUACCUCUCAUGAAAAGAUCAAACCGAGUCUGCUAUUAUGUUCCUUGGUUGCGUUAUAUGUUUCAAAAGGACUUUUUUACUGAUUUUAUUAAUUACAAACAGCGACAGUCGCAGAAUUCUGUAUUAGUCAAUACAAAUGGAGAAUGUAAUUUUUAAAAUGGAAUAGAUACUUGAAUUUUUAAUUUAUGGCAAUGGGAAUUAAGUAUCACUUACACGUGAUCUGUACUGCUGUGCUUAUUUUUGUGUAUGUUGGACAAGACGACUGUGCUUCAAUAAACGACACAAACGUCUUACUGCGAAAUGUUAUGAAAGAAUACAAUAAAAAUGUGAGACCAGUGAAUAAUCAGAAUGACGCAGUUCAUGUAAAUGCUUCCCUUUCAAUUAUUUCAAUACAAGAACUUGAUGAAAUUCGUGGAAUAUUUUCGAUAAUGGGAAUUUUGUUAGUGACAUGGCAUGAUGCAAAUAUGAUGUGGGAUCCUAAAGAUUAUGGCGGGGUAGAAUAUGUGAUGACAUCAUAUAUAGACGUUUGGGUACCUGAACUGAUUCUUGUAAACCCUGCGGAAGAAACAGAUACUCUUGGUAAGAAAUGGCAAAGAGUUUACUUUCACCACACUGGAUUUGCCUCAUGGUGGUCCGGAGAUCUUAUUAAAAGUACUUGUGCUUUGGAUGUGUACAGAUUCCCAUUUGAUUCUCAAGAAUGCUUCUUAGGGUUUAGCGCAUGGGGAUAUUCUACUGACCAGGUGAAAAUAAGUUCACCAAGUGACGAAAUCGACUUCAGCUACUACACUGAAAGUCCAACGUGGAAACGUGCUAAAUCUAAGACAAAUAUACAUUCCGAAGGCAUGCAAAUAUAUUUUCAUGUUUAUCUAGAGAGAAAACCUGGUUUUGUAAUCGUAAAUAUUCUUCUUCCCCUAACUUUUCUAAGCCUGCUGAAUGUAUUUGUGUUUCUGCUCUUACCGGAAUCUGGUGAAAGAAUUUCAUACUGUAUCACAGUUUUAUUAUCUAUAGCCGUAUUCAUGACAAUUGUGAGUGACACCCUCCCAAAAAGCUCGGAACCAGUUCCGGUAAUUUCGUACAAAUUGAUGUUUGACAUGGUGAUCAGCUCUGUAAUUACACUGGUCACAAUACUGAACCUAAGAUUGUACAAUAAAAAGGACACAAAAAUCGUCCCGAACUGGUUGCUAUCUAUGUAUCUGUUUCUAUUCUGUAAACGACCAAAAUAUGAAAAUCAUGCGAAAACAGACAAUGCUGAAGGGAUGAAAAAUGGAAGGAAGAAGUUGGAAGCAGAAGAUAUACGUAUCAGACGAAAAGAGGAAAAUCAAAUGCAAACAGAAACGAUGUCAGACGGAAACAACUCCAUAAAACCGUCAGUUUUCACGCUCCAUUUAGAAGGAGUCCCAUGCAAUAGUAUUGAAGACAGAAUAGCGAAACUGAUUUCAGAAGUGGAAGAAAAUGGCAAUGAACAUUUUCAGGUCUCGUGGAAAAAUAUCAGCAACAUGGUAGACGGAACUGCUUUUAUAGUUUUCACUUUGCUCUCUAUUUGCAGCUUUGUUGUUUUCGUGGUAAUAACGUAUACAUACGAAUGAUAUGAUGAUAAUGCCAUUAUAUUUAGUAUUGCGAUUAAAUAGAUAGAAAGCAUACAAAAUAUUAGCGGGUAUUUCAAAAACUGCAAAAUAACAAAGUCAAAAUCAUGCAUACAUAUUAACUCACUGUGAUGACUGAUGAUAUUAAGUAUGAGAAUGCCGUGAUUCUGUGUCAGUAAUUUCAAAUUAAUAUAUCUAUUUAACGAAAAUAUAUGAUACUAGAAAGUCAUUUAAGUUUGUCGGUAUGUAAUUUACUGAUUUUGCCAAAAAACGGCUAUUUCGUUGGGAUAUGAUUUCAGAGAUUUCAACGUUUGUAGGUUAGAUAUUGCGAAAUAUAUUUCUUCACUGUGAUUAAAUUUCGUAGAUUAACACUACUACGAAGUCCUCGAAAUUAAAUUCCUCACGAAUAAAGAUGAUUUUGCAGUAUAUUUGGUAAGAGCAAUUGUAUCAAGAACAUAAACUUGCAUGAAAUAAUGAAAACCGGAGAGCAAAAUUGAUUUUUAACAGUUAUUUGACAUUAGGGUUAUAUAUUAUUUUUACCCUACAACUUUUAAUUCGAACUAUAUUUUUUUUUCCAGCAAUGCCAGUUUCGGAAAUAUUUAGAGCCCUCUUUAUUAUAUAUGAAGUCCUUUGAGUGAUAAUAAUUUCAGAGAUUAAAGACUGUUACAUACAAAAAUUCAUAUUUUGAAAUUAAAUCUUAAGAAAUUGUAAAUGGUUUUAAAAUAAAAGUAGAUAUUUUGACAAACAAUAGUGGCUCUUCUGUGAGGUGUAUCGCGGAUGCCGCCCGGGCUGUUUAGGUGGUGAUUGAUCCAAUCAUGCAGAAAGGUUUGCCUUCUGUGAUGCAUUUAGAUACUGUCUGUAAGCCAAAAACUAUGUCUAUUGUAUUGUACAAACGAUUUCUCAAACAAUUAUUUCUCGAUUAUAAUGUAAAUGAAUACUGUUAUCUUCAACGGAACAUUUAAUGUUCCUUUUUUCGUCUGGCUUGCUAUGCUUGAUUGUAUUUCAAAAUAGUUGUGGUAUAUGACUACAUAUAUAUUGUUAAUAAUGUGCUUAUUAUGUACAUUUUCAUCAUAUUGUAAUGUGUUUUGCUUCAUUUAUGUACGUAUCGCUCUUCAUGAUCGUGGAGGAACUAGAAUACUCUCUCUAUCAAUCUGCUUUUUAAAUGUAAUCCAACGCUUUUCUGUAAUUUUCACACAAGAAUUUUAGACGGGUGCGCGGAUUGCAAACAAAAAGAACACAAAAAUCGUUUGUUCUUUAUCCGCUUGGAUAUCAUAAAUUGAACUGUUGAUGUUGCCUAGAUAUUAAAAAAAAAAUCUCACAUUACUACAUACUGUUCAUGCCACUAAGAAAUGUGCUGUUCUUAAUACGUUAUUUAAUAAAAUGUAUUUCACUUCGCAUUCUUUGUUACAUACUAAGGAUAGAAUGUAAAAAUCAUUAUGUUUAAGAGUCUUAUGUAAAGCUGGCUAUAGCUCAAUAUGUUAUCCUCGUUCAAUAAAGUAGUUAAAAUCGUAAUAAUAAUAAUAAUUAAUAUUGUAAUUAGAAUCUUCAAGUUGAUGGGAUAUUUUCUAAAUAAAAGCAGAUUCUAAAUAUGGGCUAUAUGUAGUUUCAAAUUGAAUCCCCAAAUCGAGGCAAUACACGAUUUAUUAUAUAACAAGUUUUUUUUUUUAAAAAUAUUUAUUAUUUAAAGACAAAAUAGAUGUUUACAGAUACCUUUUCAUCUAAUAAAAAGAAAUCAAAAUUGUUCCUUUUUGCUGUAAUAAAAACAGCCCUUUAUUGUUCGUGGUGGCCAUCUUUGUAAAGAGAAAUGAAAUUUUUAUAUUCACAAAUUAGUACAAAUAUCUAUACACAAGGAAAACAGACAAAAAUUCUAUGAAACAUUUUUUUCAAGAUUUAAAAACAUAUUCUGUACUAUUAGUAUUUUUUAUUGAAAAAAGUUCUCAAAGGUAAAUACGUGUAUGAAACAAGAUUUUGUUUUCAUUUGUACCCAUCAUUGUAAUGAUAUUGUAUUACAAAUAUGUCUAUGAUAUGAAAUAAAUAUAUAAACCUUA